AUGUCUCAUAAACUCUGGUCACCGCCUUCGGGCAUUCGUACAAAUAUUGAUGAUUUUCGAGACAUCAUUGUGAAUAAAUAUCAAGUUCAAUUGGAAACAUAUUGGGAUUUAUAUGAAUGGUCUAUAAAUAAUAUUCCGAAAUUUUGGGAAGAAUUUUGGUUUUAUAUUAAUAUUAAACAUUCAGUACCAUUCGAACAAGUAUUAGAAGAAAAUAAGAAAAUGAAUGAAAUUCCUCGUUGGUUUUUGGGUGCAAAACUUAAUUACGCCGAAAAUUUACUUCGUUUCAAUGAUAAUCGAAUUGCUGUAUAUGCUUCUAGUGAAGCAAAUACAUCAAUAAAACAAAUAACAUUUGCUGAAUUACAUGAAAGUGUUCGUCGUUAUCGUGCAGCACUUCAAUAUGUUGGUGUUAAAGUGGGUGACAGAGUUGCAGUUUAUCUUCCAAAUUGUCCUGAAGCAUUAAUUAUUUGUCUAGCAACAGCUAGUCUCGGUGCGAUAUUUAGUGCGGCAUCACCAGAUUUUGGUGUACCUGGUGUCACUGAACGCUUCAGUCAGAUUGAACCUAAAGUAAUAUUCGGUUGUAAUGCUGUUAUUUACAACCAAAAAACUCAUGAUUCAUUAACUAAAUUAAAAGAAUGUGUAUUCGCAUUACCAACACUACAACAUGUUGUUGUCAUUCCAUAUAUAUCUGAUUAUUCAAUGGAUCUUAGCACUAUUCCAAAUAGUGUAACCAUUGAACAAUUUCUUUCAAUGCCUGGUGAAAUUAUUGCACCACUCGAAUUCGAACAAGUUCCAUUUAAUCAUCCAUUAUUUAUUAUAAUUCAUGGCCAUGGUGGAACAUUAUUAAAUCAUUUAAAAGAACAUCGAUUACAUAGUAAUAUGAAAGAUGGAGAUAUUUUAUUUUAUUUUACAGCUGUUUCGUGGAUGAUGUGGAAUUGGUUAAUUUCAUCGAUUGCACUUGGUACACCAAUUGUACUUUAUGAUGGUUCACCAAUUAUACCAGAUUAUUAUCGACUUUGGGAUUUAGCUGAUAAAAUCGGCAUAACAAUAUUCGGCUGCAGUGCUCGUUAUUUAACAGCAUUAGAAGAACAUCAUAUAACACCUCAAACACAUAAUAAACUUGAAAAAUUGCAUACUAUUUUAUCAACUGGUUCACCAUUACAUAGUCGAAUAUUUGAUUAUGUUUAUACAAAUAUCAAAACAGAUAUUUUAUUAGGAUCAAUCACUGGUGGAACAGAUAUUAUUUCAUGUUUUGCUGGUGUUAAUCCAACAUUGAAUGUUCAUCGAGGAGAAAUACAAUCUCCACAUUUAGCUAUGGCUAUUGAAUGUUGGUCUGAAGAAGGAAAAAAAUUGGAAGGUGAUAGUGGUGAACUUGUUUGUGUUAAACCGUUUCCUUCGAUGCCUGUUUGUUUUUGGAAUGAUCCAAAUGGUGAAAAAUAUCAUCGAGCCUAUUUUGAUAAAUUUUCAAGCAUAUGGAAUCAUUCUGAUUUUUGUCUUAUUAAUCCAGUUACUCGAGGCAUUGUUAUGCUUGGUCGAAGUGAUGGUACUCUUAAUCCUAAUGGUAUUCGUUUUGGUUCAGCUGAAAUCUAUUCCAUUGUUGAUCAAUUUAAUGGUGAAAUUCUCGAUAGUUUAUGUGUAGCACAACGAAAUCCUUCAACUGGUGAUGAACGUGUUAUACUUUUUCUUAAAGUAAGUUAA